CGCUACUUUUGGUCCGGACUCGUCUGGGAGGCCGCGGCUGCCGCAUCAGAGCUGACGUGGGGGCGACGUGGGGCCGCGGCCGGCGCCGGCGCCGGGUUGCUGGGCGGCGGCGCCGCUCUUGAGCGGCGGUCGGGCUCGGCGUCUCCACCUCCUCGCGUCCGUAAUCAGUGACGAGGUCCGCUACGUAAACCCCAUCGCGGCGGGAUAAAUAAAGAAGAAAACGGAGAAGGAGCAAAGCAUUGAUUGCAAAUGUCUUAAUAAUGAGCAAAUGUGGCAGGAAAAAAUAUWUUAAGACAAAUGUAAGACAAAUGACCAUGGAAACAAUUGAAUCUCGGCAGGAUGGAAGUAUAACUGAUUCUGUGGCAGAGAGAGAAUCUGCUCAUAUGCAUACUCAGACUGGCCAAAAUUCAAUUCCUACUUUAGCUCAGGUUUCUGUAGCUGGAUCAGGCACUGGAAGAGGCUCCCCAGCUGUAACCCUAGUGCAAUUACCUUCGGGCCAAACUGUACAUGUCCAGGGAGUAAUUCAGACACCACAACCAUCGGUUAUUCAUUCACCACAAAUACAGACUGUUCAGGUAGCAACAAUUGCAGAGACAGAUGAGUCUGCAGAAACAGAAGGUGUAAUUGAUUCUCAUAAACGUAGAGAAAUCCUUUCACGAAGACCCUCUUAUAGAAAAAUACUGAAUGAACUUUCCUCUGAUGUGCCUGGUGUUCCCAAAAUUGAAGAAGAAAAAUCAGAGGAAGAAGGAACGCCACCUAACAUCGCUACCAUGGCAGUACCGACUAGCAUAUAUCAGACUAGCACGGGGCAAUACAUUGCUAUAGCCCAAGGUGGAACAAUCCAGAUUUCUAAUCCAGGAUCUGAUGGUGUUCAGGGACUACAGGCAUUAACAAUGACAAAUUCAGGAGCUCCUCCACCAGGUGCUACAAUUGUACAGUAUGCAGCACAAUCAGCUGAUGGCACACAGCAGUUCUUUGUCCCAGGCAGCCAGGUUGUUGUUCAAGAUGAGGAAACUGAACUUGCCCCAAGUCACAUGGCUGCUGCUACAGGUGACAUGCCCACUUAUCAGAUCCGAGCUCCUACUACAGCUUUGCCACAGGGUGUAGUGAUGGCUGCCUCACCAGGAAGUUUGCACAGUCCCCAGCAACUAGCAGAAGAAGCAACACGUAAACGAGAGCUGAGGCUAAUGAAAAACAGGGAAGCUGCAAAAGAAUGUCGACGUCGAAAGAAAGAAUAUGUAAAGUGUCUGGAGAGUCGAGUUGCAGUGCUGGAAGUGCAGAAUAAGAAGCUUAUAGAGGAACUUGAAACCUUGAAAGACAUUUGCUCUCCCAAAGCAGAUUAGUAGAAAUAUUUAACUAUGAACUGAUUACAACAUGUACAGUUGCUUUUGAAGGCAAUACAAUAUAUAGCCGGCAAGAAUUAUGGCUUUUUUCCUUUGUAUCAUUCAUCUUACUUUCUAAUCUCUAACAUUCCUAAAAUGCUUCCCUGUACGUAGUUAACUCUUAGGUAUAACUUCAAUUUUUUUUAAAAAGAGACAAACUGUAAAAAAUGUAUGUAACAAAUUCUUAAAAUGAAAUAUUUGUAAGACUUGUUCCAAUGCUACAUAUUUGCAGUUCCCAAUCUCUGUGUCAUGAAUAGUGUCCUAUGUAAUAAAACUUUUUGCAGGUCUUUAAAAUCAUUUUAGGAAAGGAUGAUCAAAUGCAUCCAGCAGUAAAAUAAAGUUAAACCACAAAAAUACCUCAGGAAAGAAUUGAAAGAAAGUAUAUCUAAUGACAUGCCUAUAUGAGAAGAAUAGCCUAGAAAUGAAUUUUUGGAAGAUUUUUGUAUUAGUCACUUUGUAAAGAAAAUAUUAUACAGCUGUCCUUGAAUGCUAUAGUUGAAGACAGUUUUAAUAGAACCAUGUUGGUUGCACUUUGUAGUAUUUGGUGCUUAUUUAAAUUUCUGAACAUAUAUUACAGUUUUUUACUCUAUUGUGUAAUAUAAAUUAUCUUUUAGAAGUUCUUAGUGUUGGUUUGAUAUUAUCCAAUGAAAGUGACAAGAUAUUUUUAAUAUCUAAAAGGAAUUAAAAGCCUAUUAGAAUUGGAUUGCAUACAUUCAAGGGUAUGAGCUGAUUCCUACACUGGAUCAUGAUCCUUGCAAAUGCUCCUUUUGCCAUCUCAUCUAAGGAGGACCCCAGGGCUGGGGAUGUGGCUCAGUGGUAGAUGCUUGCCUAGCAUGUGUAGGGCUCUGAGAUGCAAUCCUAGUCCUGCUAAAUAAAUGAUAAAAAGGAUGGUCCCAGAGAUUUGUACAGAAGAACAGAGCAGAACGACCAGAGGCCAGCCUUUGUGAUGGACUGACCCUUCCUGUUAGAUGGUCUGGAGAUCUGCUGAUGGCCAUCAUCUGCAGGCAUUUUGAAAUAAAACCAAAAAUAAUCYGAGAUUUUAUUUUUCAUUUCAAAACAGAUUAAAGUCCAUAUCAUAUCAGAUAUUCUUCUGUCAUUAUAUUCAGGUGAAGUUCCUUAUAAUUGAGACAGCAGUGUUGCUACUGGUACCCACAGUUCAUCUUACUUUUAUAGUAAAAAGCUUCAAGGCCUAGGCCCAACACCCUAACCGUACAACAUUCACCAGUAGUACUGAAUGUGGACUAUAUACUACACUCUACUGUAUUUUCUACUGUAACUUCAGAUUUGUUGAGGACCCUCCACCUUUAGUAGCAGAACUGACAAUGGAUAUAGGGAGGUACAAAAAUAGGAGGUCGUUCCUAAAGUUCCAACUGCUGCUGCCCCCUUAUCAUCAUCAUCAUUCUUUGUCUUAUCUGUAACUUCCAGAAGGUAGGGAAUGCUAUUCUUGGCUUUCUUUUAAAAUACUUAUUGCAGAGCCUGAGCUUGAAUUUCUUUUGGUCUUUUCUUCUAUAGCGAAGUAAGAUGAGGAAAGAAGAUUUAGAAAUAAAAAGAAAAGGAAAACCCCAAACUUUAGGUGAAAGGAAAUGGUUAUUUGCACUUAACUCAGUCAGUCACUAUAAAUCAGUUGUGUGCUUGGAGUGGUAGACAUGGAGAGGAAAGCACAGGACUCAGCAGACAAGAUGUAUAGAGUUAGAGGCAGUAAAUGCUGUGUUAAAAUUAGGGGAAGAUGUAGGCAGGGAUUAAAUAAGAAACUUCAUGUAGGAGGUCCAUUUGGAACCAGGCCCUGAGAUGAUUGAUGGUGCUGGGGAAGAAGGUAUUCCAGAGUGGGAAUACAGAACACGUGAUGUUUGGAUUUGGGGUGGGGUGGAGGGGAUGAAGGGGAAACAAAGUAAAGUUAGUACUCACACAAGAGUUAAUUUCAUUAGAAAGAGAGAGCACACCUGUAAUGUCAGUGAUUAGGAGACGGAGGCAGGAAGAUUACAAGUUCAAGGCCAGUCUGGGCAGAUGAGUAAG